AUGUGUAUGAGCACCCUGGAGCCACACGACAGGGAUCAGACCCGCUUAAGUUCACUGGGAAGCAGUUCAAUGGAAUGCCCCAGUGGCAACCCUUCUUCCUGCUUGGUUUCUGGAAAUUACUGCAGCUACCCUGGUGAUUCCUGUUACUCCUGCUCUCCAGACGGGCACAGUCAGGUAGAUUUGAGUCUGGAGCAGCCUCAUUCGCUGCGCUCUAUCCCAAAUGCUUUUACACCUCAUGGCUACUACAUGCCCCCGCACGCCUGCCCCUCCCACAGACCACCCUGCUGUAGAGGGUACCCUCCGGAUGCCAGUCAUAUGGAUCAGGGUUCUCAUCACAGACAGCAUUAUCACACGCCCAGUUGGCCUUCAAGGAGAUGGCCACACCUCUUCGCAUCCUCGACUAAACUAAACCCAAGCACAGCCCCUCUGUCAUUGGAGCAAAGGAAGGUGUUUGUUACUUAUGAAGCAGAUAGUGAACAGCACGUCAAAGAGAUCAUCAACUUUGUGGCGCUGCUGAGGCACAAUGGCUUCUAUACUCACAUUGACAUGUUCGAGCAGCAGUUUAAAAGCAUAAGCAAGAUUGACUUCAUGGAGCGAUACAUAAAUGAGAAAGACUAUCUGAUCAUCAUAGUCAUUUCUCCGAAGUACCAUGAGAUUGUAACCAGUGCAUCAUUUUACAUGGAAAAUGAUGAGACACUCAACACUGUCUACAUCCACAAACAGCUACAAAAUGAAUUCAUUCAGAAUGGGGCCAGGAAUUACAGAUUUAUCCCUAUCGUGUUUCCUGGUGCCAAGAAGUGCCACGUCCCUUCAUGGCUUCUAAGUACACAAAUCUUCACCUGGCCCAGGGACCGAGAUGACAUAAUUCGUAGGCUUAUGCGUGUAGAGAAAUAUAAACCUCCACCCAUCGGAGAACUACCCACCAUUGUCUCUGUCCCUAUAAACUGAGAUCCCAAUAUUGUGCUUUGAGAGGGUUCUGUAAAUGUGUGAUCUAAUGUAAUCAAUAAAAAUGCCUGUGAUCUAUUUUAAUAGUAUUCAAAGACUAUUUACCCAUCUGAAUCUAAAACCCUCAUUGUUUUUUAUCUUUAUGAAUCGGUAUGGGUAUCAUUGUAGAAUCAGAGCUAAUAUCUGUAGCGAUUGCAAAUUGAUCAAUUAAACAUUGGUUGAAUGAUUAUUGCUGUUGUUUUGUUUGCAUAUGUUUUUGUUUGUUUGUUUUAUUUUAUUCUUAGGUUUGCAUUUGACUAAAUAAAAUGUUCUUUAACAUA